UGCUGACUAUUAACACCUGAUGCAAGGUGCUUGUUACUUUUCAUGUUCGUAUCAGAUAUUUUUUUGAUCUGUAAAACAUGUACUACAUCAGUCUUCUAGGUAACACUAAGCAAAAUUUUUAGUUGGUUUCUCACUGGAUGUGUGGCAAUAAUUUUUUGCCAAAAAUUGCCGCUUCAAUGAUUCUGGCACUACGCGAUUCUAGUAGCGUGAUGAUAAUCACGUAGUGUGCAACAAGAUUCUCAUUGUGUAGGAAAUGAGACAUGACUGGUAACUUACUUUUGAGUGGCACUGUAUGUCAUGUGCUGUACAAAUCAUUCUUUGCAAACCUUUGAUCAAUUAGAGCAUGCAUUUAAAAUUUGUUACGUGAUGAAAUAAAUUAUAUUUUUCUAUUAAUUUGUCUAUCACAGGAAAUGGUACUGGAGGAGAGUCCAUUUAUGGUGGCACGUUUAAUGGUUUGUAGCUUCACAGUAUUAAUCUCAAUAACAGGAUGUGCACUUAGAGUCAUAUUUAGUUGCAAAAAUUGCUGAGGAUUGAGUAUAGUAAACCUCUAAUAUCUGAAUUGACUUUGUGUUAUAGUCAAACAGGAAUUUUAUCAGUAGUUUGUCAGGCCUCGUUGUAAACAUAAAAUUGAGUUGACUACAGUGAAACCCUGAUAUAACAAAGAGCCAAGGGACUGGUGAAAUAUGUUAAUGUCUCUGCUCCUUUAUGAUGCAUGUUAAAUGCAAAGUAAUUUAAUUAUAAAACAAAUAAUGACAAGUUGGGAUUAAAUAGGGGAGCACUGCCUUGCGCUAGGUUAGCCUGUGCGACUUCCGGCAAUGGCGUGACCAAAAAACCUCACGUAUCUCCUCAGCACUACAAACUGAAUGCAAUACAGCACGUGCUGGAUCGAACAAGAGUAUCUUUUUGCAGGACAUAUUAAAUGGCAAUGCAGCCAACAAGCUAGGGGGGAGUGGCUGUGCAGACUUAACCGUACCUCCGAGGAGUGUCCCUAGUUUAUUGAUCGCAUAGCACAAAACAAAGCCCAAACCUCGAUUGUCUCCAAAGGGAAGGAGGGAGGGAAAAAUUUUACAAGAAUAGUAUACUGAGCGCUUAAACCUUGCUGAACAAUAGAACCCAAGUGAACUCUGAACAGUUGUUCUUGGCUUUUAUAACAAGACGAACAUCUGCUGGCAUAGCCAGUAGAAAAGGCUGUGCUACAAGACAGCUCAGCAUUGCAUAUGCAAAUUCUUAGCCAUAAAUAGUGCUUUGAAAAUACUGGCCAAUACUGUGGCUCGUAGUAGCCUACUUAAGACAACAAGGCUGUAAAAUUCUACGCUAGAAUACAAUGCAUCUUAGAGCUUGCUGAACUUGACAACUUGACUACACAACUGCUUUAUUGAAAAAGAACCGCAAUGAAAGGGUUGCUGAUAACUAGCAUCACGUUCCAUCAACUACAUUUUACUGGUGUGACAGUGAAAUUGCUUUUUGUUAUAACAAGGUUUCGUUGUAUCGAGGUUAUUUUCCAUAUAUUUUAUUAUUACUAUACUGGGGUUAAAAGAAAAUCGUUCAUUAUAUUGAGGACUUUGUUAUAUCAAGGUUCUACUGUUCUGCAAUGACUCUUAUCUCAGGGCUGUCGCUAAAAUUUCAAGUUGCUGGGUAAAUGCAGUUAGUAGGAGGGGAAUUGUACUGAGCUAGGAAUUAGUUCUUUUGGUUCUGUUUUCUUUUUGUUUCCUAUAAGAGAAGCCAGGGCUCACGCUCGUAGUACCCAGGUAAAAUCCCCGACCACUGGUUCGUAGUGACAGCCCUGUAUCUUCCAGUGAACUUACACCUUAUGCAAAUCUGUGUCUCACAAUUAUUAUCUUUUACACAAGAUGUUGUCAGGUUUUGAUUGGUUUAUAUUAAUCUGUCAGCCAAUAAUUCAGCUUGCUUAUGAUGUGGAGAAUGAAACAAUGUUAUGCAAUAUUGGAUUAUGUAUUAACAUUACAGAUCUCAGCAUUAUGACACUCUCAUUGAUCUUCAUUACUAUAACAGUAAAAAGGGCUUAAUUUGCUUAUCAAUAAUAAGCAAAUUACACCCUUUUUUCAGGAAACCCUUAUUUUAUUAUUAAUAUUAUAAAGCUGAUCUAAUGGGAUGUAUAUUUUUAACUGCGUAUCUAAAUAAUAUAUGAAAAUAAUUAAUUUUUUUGUUAACUGGGGUUGAAACUUAUGAGAAAUACAAGCAUGUAAUUGUGAUAACUGCAGUGAUUUACUUGUCAUAUUAAGUUUUUCAUUUUUUUGUUUUGCAUAUAACAGAUGAAGGAUUCCAUCUUAAGCAUGAGACAGCAAUGUUGUUGUCCAUGGCUAACAGAGGUCCAAACACUAAUGGUUCUCAGUUUUUUAUGUAAGUAUUUGAUCUUUUAAGAGAUGGAAACCACCCUAUAAUUUGAAACCAAGUAUAAAAUUCAACUGCUCCUGAUCACUCAAAGAUUGGAUAAAUGUAGUGCUAUCCAAUGUAUAAAUUAAUAAUCGCUAUGGAGUGGUUAGCGUGUCAUGAAAUCCAAUUGCCUUGCCCUCUGGAUAGUAAUUUACCUGAUGAAUAGCAUAUACCCACCUUCUGAGCAACUGGGCACUGUUAACUUAAUUACACUGGCAAAAAUGGUUCAGUUCUUUUUUAAUUUCCUGCUGUUGUCUAAUUUUCCCCUCCUUUAAUUCUCAAUUCCUUGCUUUUCUCAAGGCCCCAGGUUCAAGUUUAAAAGAGGGUUUAUGUACUUCAAUGUAUCAACUUGAUAAUAUUAAUCUCUAUCCAGUCGUUGAUCCAGUUGUUUUCCCUAAUUAAUACUUAUCCACUGGAUAUUAAUUUAUCUGCUAACUAGCAACCUGAUCCAAGGAGUGAACAACUUGGGCCAGAUUUCAGGUCUUCCAAGGUAAAAUGGCAUCUCUGUGAUACGUUAAACAAUAUUGUAGUGUGAAUAAAGACAAAGUUUUAAUGUUUUAAGUUUUUAUAGUGUGUUUAUUUUGCUUUUCACAGAACAACUCAGCCUGCCCCACAUCUUGAUGGGUAAGUUUUCUUUUAACUUGAUUCAGCUGUUCUUACUGACAGAAAGGAAAUUUCUGUUAGCAUUAUGAUGUUAUUGCUACAGACAAGGCAGUGUUUCACAUGGUUUCAUUUUUUCAAUUUCAAUACACAAAUAUAAAAAAAUGGCAUCAAAUUUUUAUUUCUCAAACAUAUGAAUUUUUAAAAGAUCUCAAGAUAAAUGUAACAAAAAAAAUGCAUAUUAACAUUAUUCCACAACAGAAUAAAAAUUACCAGUAAAACCAGUUGAUAAUUAAAUUUUGUUGUCGAUAAACCUAGGCUCUACAGUAGAAACAGUUGUUGUUAUUAAAUCUUAAUCGUUUUUAUAUGAUUUGAAUUUUCUAUGGGUAUUAAAUUAAAAUUUUUUGCGUGUUUUCGUUUUGUGAGGAUAUUAAUUCCCGAAACAAAUUUCGUGAAAUAAAAAAAAGGUGAAAUUAGGUAAUGGCGUUGUACAUGACUUGUACACAUAAUGCAUUUUUGUUUGUUGCCACUCAAAAGCAAGUCACAGAUCAAUGAUUUCCCACACUUCAACAAUGUUGCUCUUGCUUAUAUUGUGGUAUAUUUAUUUUAUUUGUAGGAUUCAUGUGAUAUUUGGCCAAGUAUUGCAAGGUCAGGAAAUAGUAUCAGAGAUAGAGAUUCAAAGAGUUGAUGACAAGAGUAGGCCCCUAGUGGAUGUAAAGAUUAUCAACUGUGGUGAACUUAUUCCAAAAGCAAAGGCUAAAGGUACACGAUAUGUUUCCAUUGACUAAAUUUAUGUACAGAACUGUGCUCUAGCAGCAGUGCUGCCUGCUGACCCCUGGCAUCAUACUUUUGCUCUUGGGUGAUGUCUUACUGUUAUUUGUUAACUUUCAACUGCAGAGAAGAAAGCUGAAAAGAAAAGAAGGAAAUCUAAGCGACAUUCUGACAGCAGCUCCUCAGAUACUGACUCUUCAUCCAGUUCUGGAUCAGAAUCAGACAGUGAUCAGUCAUCAACUGAUGAGCGGGAGAAAAAGAAACGCAUAAAAAAGAAAAGGAGAAAAAAGAUGAGUGAAUCUGUAAAACGCAAGGACAAGAAGAAAGCAAAGAAGAAAAAGAAAGAGAUAAAAGACAGGUAAGUGGCUGUAACUACACCACAAAUACAUCAAUACACAAACAUUUAACAAAUACAUACAAAAAAUGCAAAUCUGGUAAAAUGAAUACUGUGAAUAAAAUAAUUAAUGACUUAAUAAAAAAAUGCAUAGACAUACAAUUUCAAAAAUUAACAUUGUUCGCAAAAAGUACAGCAUUCAAUAAUUCAUUCAUUACACUCAAAUGACAACAUGUACUUGUAGAUAGAUUUGGUUGAGUAGCAAAAAGGACUGAUAGAGCCACUGUGCCGAGUGCAGAGCAUAACCAUGGCAAUCAACAUGUUGAAUUCCAAACAAGUUGAGGAGUAAGGGCAAGUCAAAGAGGUUAGGGAGAAAGUAGCCUGUGUAGCAAGCGUUUUUGUGUGGUUUCGGAGCAAAGAAAGAUGGAGGAAUGACAUGGAACAGGAUUUUUGGUUUUGGCCGCACCAAAAAUAGAACAAGAGCAAACUCUUGCUACGCAGGCUAGGGAGAAAGAAGAGAAAACAAUAUAUUAUUUUUUCUCCCCUCCCCCUUCUUACAUCCUUUUUUUACCCCAUGACUAGUCCAAGAGUUGCUAUUUCUAUUCUCCCCUGUCUUUCUCAGUGGUCAAAGAUGGCAGCCAUGGCAAUGCAGACAAGCAUUUUUUGCCCACCUUAAAAAUUUGUCUGCAUUGCUGGCUUCCCUGAGAGUAUUUACACAUACCUCGCACUAACCCAGGGUUAUCUUAACCCAGCUUUAAUCAAACCUGGCCAAGUAAGUGAUAAGCAAAGGAAUCUGUGGCUACAUUUGAGGUCCCAUAUUACAUAAUAAUGUUGCUUUUAUGCCCCCUUCCCUGUUAGUGAAAUAUUGACACUAAUAUCAGCAAUUAAUUUGAAUUCCAGUCCAGGAGAUGCUAAACCAAAGAGUCCUGAACCUUUUAGUUCAGUGGUUGUGGAUGAGAUCCCAGAUGUUCCCAAUAAUUCUUUUCUAUUGAGAAGAAGCCGCACCCCCUCCCCUGUCAGGGAAAAGAGGCUUCAGCAGGCAAAAAAUAGGUAUGUUUCCUCUGAGGUACACCUGACCUUAAUCAUUACUACGAGAGCUGGACUCAUUCCCUUUUCGGUGCAUAAUUAUCAUGAAUUAGGAAUUUUUGAGCAUGUAAGUCCGUACUAAAUUUGCAAUGAUAAAUUUUGCCCAAGGCAAAGCUGUUUCUUUGUUCAAAGCUGUGAGGCAUAUACUAAUAAAAUUAAUUGUGACAUACAAAAGUACUGUGGAAUGGCAAGACAACUAGAUUUCAUCCACGGGCUCAAAACUAAGAACUGCAUUUCAUCCAACAUGCCUGAUUACACACUAAGGUAAUGGUGCCAUGUGAAAGUACUACUGAUGGAAGAGAUUUCAUUUGAAUGGUCACACCAUAGGAUUUCAUCCACAGACUCAAAAAUGAAACCUACAUAGUACGACGUGAUAGCACUGCUGAAUUGAUUCUGAUGGCAAAUGGUUCGGAAAAAGUUGUUCAGAUGGUAAGAGAUAGAUGGCAGUAGUAUCUUCAAGUUGUUUAUAUUAUUUUCUGUUUGCAUGACCACAGGAAAAGUAAGUCUCCCCCAGGGUAUAAAGCUCUGCCUCAAAGUAAUUCACAGGAAAGAACUAGGGUAUGUACACCUGCUGAAAUGAUAUUGCUUGGGAGAUCAGUAGACCUUAUUUCAUUGUAUCCACCAUCUUCGCAUGCACUUCAGGACUGAUAAAUCACGUGACAUUGCAUUUAUCCCAUCAACCCUUGAACGCGUGCGAAGAUGGUGGUUGUUGUGAAUAAGGUCUAUACCUUCAAUAGAAAAUAUCCACAAUUAUUAAUAAAACAAUUACAUCCGAGUCUUUUGGUUCUUAAAAUGAAGCUUGGAUUCCGCGGGUAACUAUUUUUCUUUCUUUUAACACAAUUAUAAAACUUUUUACCCUCUAUCAUCUAUCUCUGUCUGUUUUUCUUAUCGGCAGGUUUCCAGGUCGGGAAGGAUUCUACGAGGACGAGGAAAUAUGGUGAGGAAAUUCCCCGGGUAUUAGUUUAAACUUCCUCACGAGAAAAACAAUACACCAGUAGAAAAGGAAAUCACCAUCUAAUGAAUCAUUUAGGAACAAAACAAGGCAAAACACAUCUCUGAAAACCCACUUACAGUGUACCCCCCUUCCCCCUUCCCCCUUCCCCCUUCCGCCCCCCUAAGCAAAGAGCCUGGCCCGAGGCUACUCCAUCGGUUUGAAACAGAACUUAAUCACGUGAUUUUUAUUUUUCAGCGUUAUCGCACGCCCCCGCCUUCUUCUCCGGAUGAAACGCGGAACAUUUCGCGCCGUUUUCCCCCACCUUUGGUGACUCGGUCAAGGUCUCCACGCAGGCGUACAAGGUCUCCUAUGCGUCGUGCACGAUCACCAUUUAGACAGUCGAGGUCUUCUCGAGAACGCUCUAGAUCUCCCCGUCGACGCUCGAAUUCUCCUCGAAGACCCCGAUGUCUUCUCGAAGACGCUCGAAGUCUCCACGAAAACAAUUAAAUUCCUCACAGAGACGCUCGCUGUCACCUCAAAGACCCCCGAUGUAUUCUCGACGACGGUCGAGGUCCCCACGAAAACACUCAAAUUCCCCACAGAGAUGCUCGCCGUCUCCACGGAGACACUCGGGGUCUCCGCGACAACGCUCGAGGUCUCCACGAAGACAUUCGAAGUCCCCACGAUCACAGUUACUUCAGAGAACAGAUAGCAAACAGCAUAUGAAAGACCGUGAAUCAGCGGAAAGAAAAAUGAAACAGAGCUACUCGGUAAGAGAUGGUAAAAGCAGUGAUAAAUUUGCAACAGUUGAAACACGAGGUGAAAGGAACUCAAAUGAUGAAAAAUCUAACGAAUGUUCACCUGCACCUGAAGAGCGCUUUCCAGAAAGGCGACGUGAAGAAGAGGAAAAGACCUUUGCAAAUGAAGCCUAUGCAAGGUCAAAGUUUGCUUCAAUCAAUGAAAGUGGCAGACACAGGAGAGGAGAAAAUACUAGCAGUAACAGCGACAGUGAGGAAUUUGAACAAGAAAGUCGAGACAUUUUGUACAGAUUUGAAAAAGAAAGCCAUCUUGCGCGUAAAGAAGACAUUAGGGACAUACGGAAACCAAUUUCUUACUCGAACGGUGACGAACAGACAUGGAGAAGCUUAGCUCGUGAUUAUGAGUUUGAAGAAGGUCAUGGAACUUUGGAGGCACAAAGUUAUGCACCCAUUCCAUUAAGCAAAGAACGUGAAAAUAACGAUGAACAGAUUUCUCCAAACGAAGAAAGCGCAGGCAGUGAACAAGAGGACAAACGAGCUUUCCUUCAGGGUGAAGGAAGGUUUAAACAUCAGGGUAUCUCUGAACGUAAAACUGGUCGUCGACAGCGCAGUAGGAGUUUUGAUAGACGCAGAAGCAGCUCUCAGGAGAGUGACCGGAACCGGAAGUCACGUCGUCAUCAUCAUCGUCAUCAUCAUCAUCGACACCUUCAUAAAAGAGACUCGAGGCAAUCGGAAAGAAACAUUGUCGUGACCAAGAAAGAUCAGGACAGUUCAAGUGACUGACUUAAUUGCGUGUAAACUGCUCAAAGAUCGGUAAGAUUGUGAACGUAAACAGCGCUUCAAUUUUCAAUGUACAAUAUUUUGUACGUUUCUGUGUAGAAACAGUCGAAAACGACACUAAAAACGUGAAAAAGGAAGUUGUGUCUUGAGACGAAUAAGAAACGAACCUACAUCCGUUCAAAGUUUUUCCAACUUUUCUGAAACUUUAAUUCAAACUCCUGUCUAGAGAGAGAAGAACAGGCAUUUAUUCAUAACGUAUCCUUUAAGGACAUAUUUAUCGUCUUUCAUACUUGCAUCAAUUUUCCCUUUUGGUGUCUACUGAUCGUAAACUGCCGCUUCAACAUCUUGGUAAGGGGUUUUAGGAGGGUUUAUAAAUGGAGGGGCUUACAUCCGAGGGAGCUUAUCACAGGAAUAGAAAACGCUUCGAAGCAAUCUACAGAAGUGCUAGUCAAAAUAAUUUUGCAUUUACUGGUUUUUAACUAAGCGU